CAUAUAAAUUACAAUAUUAUAACAUUUAUUGCAUUAAAGUUGCACUUUUCCCCCAACAGGGUUGUCAGGAACAUGGUGAGAAUCCUGAAUAAUGUGUUUGAUCUGAAAGAGACCAGGUUUGGUCAGCCCCGUCCCAGACACGGUCUGAACUUGUUGUGGUGGUUUGCUCAUGAUUGUGUUCAGAUUGACUCCAACCAUCGCAUGACUGCAAAGUGUGACCCUGCAAAUGGAGCAUUUGGCUUUCAUCGAUUCUAUAAUAAUGAAAGACUUCUUCCUGAAAUUGAUCUGCCAUACUAUGAGGUGGGCAACCUGAGCACCCCUGGAUCACUGCCUCUUUAUGUCACAAGACAUUACACAGGACAGUUGGACAGCAGCAACAAAGAUCGCAUAAUUGUUUCCUUUGACUCAAUAUGGAAAAGAUUUAAGAAGAUUUAUGUGACACAGCACUCAAAUCAGGUGCGCUUUGACCAGAAUCACACUUACUGUAUUAGCAUUGAUCUUCUGAGGAACAUCCAAGCAUUGAGCCUCCAAAACUUCUACAGAGAACCCACCAAUGGUUCUGGACCUGUAUCCAUAAGCAUACCUAAGUCAGUGCAGACUUACACCUUUCAGAGUAGGCCUACUGGCAAUAAACUCAUGAAGAACAUUCAAGAGUCGACUCGUAUACACUUCCACAGAGAACUCAAUGCUUCUGGACAUGUAUCCAUAAGCAUACCUAAGUCAGUGCAGACUAACACCUUUCAGAGUAGGCCUACUAGCAAUGAACAUAUGAAGAACAUUCAAGAGUCGACUCGUAUACACUUCCACAGAGAACCCACCAAUGGUUCUGGACAUGUAUCCAUAAGCAUACCUAAGUCAGUGCAGACUAACACCUUUCAGAGUAGGCCUACUAGCAAUGAACUCAUGAAGAACAUUCAAGAGUCAAGUCGUAUACACUUCCACAGAGAACCCACCAAUGAUUCUGGACGUGUAUCCAUAAGCAGACCUCAAUCAGUACCAGACGUACCUCAGUCAGUGCAAGACAACCAGACAAACUCCUGUCAGAGUAUAUCCUGCCCUGUGCUGAUUUGCUUCAUUGUGCUAAUGCUGCUCGCUGCUGCAGUCUAUGUUUUCUUUAAAAUUAUAUAGAUUUCAUCAGCUGCUGUUUGUUAUUCUAGCUAAUUUCAAAACUGCAUAUUGCAGUUUGUCUUUUGAGUCAGUUGCUUAUAUAAAUUAAAUGUAACAUUUAUUAUGUGCAAUAAUAUACAAUGUUGAGGGUUGCACGUUUAUCACAGCAUUCUUUUUAAUGGUUCAUUGCAAUGAUGUAAAUACAUUUUAAGAUUUGGGAUUUUAGGAUUUUUUAAGAU